UGGUGGUUAGAAGCAGAGAUGGAGAGAACCACAGAGCAGAUGCUGGGGGCACCUGGGGACAUGCCUCUCCUCGGGUCACUGCUGAAGAAACCCGCAGGGCACAUCGCUGCUAGGCCCAGCAUCCACAACGGGGUCAUCGCCAUCUUCCAGCGCAAGGGGCUGCCUGACCAGGAGCUUUUCAGCCUCAACGAAGGCGUCCGGCAGCUGCUGAAGACGGAGCUGGGGUCCUUCCUCACGGAGUACCUGCAGAACCAGCUGCUGACGAAAGGCAUGGUGAUCCUGAGGGACAAGAUCCGCUUCUACGAGGCACGCCCGGGCCUCCCACCAGCUCCUGUGCAGCGAUCCUCAGAGAAGAGAAGCUUUGUUCGGCCUAGUGGGGUCGUGCCUGGAGCGCCUGUGUCCACCAAGCCGCCCAGCAGGGGAGCGCCCGCCCCCUCCAACCUCCCCAGGCCUGGGGGCCACAGGGCCUGGCCCUCAGUUCCCAUCCGGAACCCCGGCUUGUUACGGGUCCCUCGCCCAGACUCCUCAGCCGGCUUCACCCCGACCCACCGGGCUGCCCCCUCCUCAGAGCCCCCGCAGGCACCCCUUCACCGCCCUGUGGUCAUCACGGACACUGGGGCCCGAGCCAAGAUCAGCCCGCCGGACUCUAGUCUGACUUCUGGGGACCACGGGGUCCCACCAAGCAGCAGAGGCGUCAGCGACACGUCCCGGGCUGCAGCUGUUCAGUCCAGGCAGAGAGGCCGAGAGCUCAUGGCCGCCUCCCGCCCUGACCCCGUGGCUGUCUGUCUGUCUGUCUCUGCAGAGAAGCACUUGCUGCGUCGCUCCCGCCCCGGGGACGUCCUGGCCAAGAACCCAGUGGUGCGCUCCAAGAGCUACAACACCCCGCUGCUGAACCCCGUGGCGGAGCACGAGGCCGAGGCCGCGGCGGCCGGUGGCUCCGGCGUCCGCAGGCACUCCGUCUCCGAGAUGACGUCCUGCCUCGAGCCCCAGGGCUUCUCCGACACGCCAGGCCAGGGCCCCACCGUGGCCUUCAGACCCUCUCCGGUCCCCCCGACGGGGCCCUGCCCCAGCAGACUGCACCCGCCCGCCCAGCCCCCGGAGCCCUGCCCAGACCCGGUCCGCGGCUCCCCGUCCUCCUCCAGCCCGGAGAACCUGGUGGACCAGAUCCUGGAGUCCGUGGACUCGGAUUCCGAAGGGAUCUUCAUUGACUUUGGCCGGGGUCGUGGCUCCGGCACGUCUGAGUUUGAGGGGACCGGGGGUCGGCAGAGCAUCGUGUGAGGUCCUCAGUCUUUACCGCCCCCACGUGUGUGUGUGUGUGUGUGUGUGUGUGUGUGUGUGUGUGUGUGUGUGUGUGAGCGUGAGCGCCCGUGUGCAUGCCUGUGGGGUGCGUGCGUGCGUGCAAGAGACUUUUUACUCCGUCCCGUCCAGCUCGCCCUGGGCCCCCCGCCAUUCUGUCAUCCUGAGUCUCUGUUGGAAAGCCCGUCACCGCCCCAGCCCCCGGCCCCACCCCUGCUGGGUCGCACGGCCACGCGGGCACGGAACAGACGUCGCCACUCUGGCCCCCGGCGUCCCCAUCCGCAGA